CACAUACUGUAAUCUCACACUGUGAAUUUAAUGACGGCAUAAUCUGAUAAAGUAGCAACAAUCAAUUGGAAAAAAGUGGAUCUUCAUGCGCACUUUCCCGGGAAUAUUCCAGCUGGCUUCAGGAUGAAGACACCGAUGCGUCAUGGAGUAGCCGUGUUUCUCGCGAUCACCAUGUGCACCAGUCUGUUCUUCUUGUACAGCGUCAGCUAUAAUAACAGUACAACGUCCAGCGCGUCGAAGGGUGCGUCGAGUGACAAAGUGGAGCCCACCAAUGCGUCCCUCAAGACGCACCGAGCGGCGCCAGCACUACAGGGAUACAGCAACAUCAUUGACCACAAGCCUCUGAAGAUGCACUGCAGUAGCUGCGCGCUGGUCACUAGCUCUGGUCAUCUGACAGGUGGGGGUCACGGAAAAGAAAUAGAUCAGGCAGAGUGCGUCAUCCGGAUGAAUGAUGCACCAACAGCCCGUGGCUACGGCUCGGAUGUGGGUCACCGCACAAGUCUGAGGGUCAUCGCUCAUUCCAGCAUGCAAAGAGUACUGCGCAGCCGCCACGAACUCCUUAACUCCAGUCAGGACACGGUCUUCAUCUUCUGGGGACCCAGCAGUUACAUGCGGCGGGACGGGAAGGGUCUGGUUUAUAACAACCUGAGGCUUAUGAACCAAGUGCUGCCCAAAUUGAAGGUCUACAUCAUAUCCUGGCAGAAAAUGCUACAGUUUGAUGAGUUGUUCAAAAGAGAGACGGGCAAAGACAGGAGAAUCUCUAACUCCUGGUUAAGCACAGGCUGGUUCACAAUGACUAUUGCCUUAGAGCUUUGCGACAGAAUCAAUGUUUAUGGCAUGGUGCCUCCAGAUUUCUGUAGGGAGUCUCAGCACCCCUCUGUCCCGUAUCAUUACUACGAACCGAUGGGCCCGGACGAAUGUGCCAUGUACAUCUCCCAUGAGCGUGGCCGGCGAGGUAGCCACCAUCGCUUUAUCACAGAGAAGCGGGUCUUCGCUAGCUGGGCUCGGACAUUCAACAUUCAUUUCUAUCAGCCAGAUUGGAGUCCUCCGCCGUUACCGAGAAACAGCUCGGUGACCACAGCCUCGCCUCGAUCACAGAAAACGUGACUAACCAGAGCCUUCAAAUGAUCUCAAACUGCCUCAUAUGAUUCACUGACUGUAUUCCUGUUGCCAUGUGAAUUGAGUUGUACAGUAUGUGUUUGAUUGACUGGGAUAGGGUGGGUUUAGAGGAAUCAUGCUGGGUAUAAGGACUGAAGCUAAAAGAUUUAUUUAGGACAUUCAUAGUUUAUUUAUAUAUGAAAGACAUUCCAGCAGCCUGUCCGGAUCAUGUGUUACCCAUGAAUAGAAACCCUACUCUAAUUGAGUUCCACUGGGCACUUUUAGUUUGAACUGAAUUGACACUGAAUUGUUGUAUUUCUUUGUAGUCUCUUUAUGUAUAUAUUUAUGUUGAAGUCUUUUCUUUUAUUCUAUUAUUAUUGUUUUUUCAAGAUAAAUUGUUACACAGGAUAUAAA